AUGCAUGACAUGUGCAUUGUCAUGGCACAUGCCCAAAAUGUGACAGAGCUGCUUUCAGUCAAGACUGUGAGAACCUCCAGCAAACUCAGGACUCACACAUUCAUAUGGAGAUUAGAGAGUAUAAAUAGAGGAAGAAAGCUCAGCACAGCUCAGAUCUUCUCCUCACAGACAGCUAACAGAAGAAAUACAGCUCCGGCUCCUACAAUCACUGCAUCAAUGAUCAACUCCAACCAACUUCUUCCACUUACUAAUAAGCUGAGAAAGCCAACAGUGGAGAAGUUGCGUCAAGAACGCAUCAACAGCAGCAUGGAGAAGCUCAAGUCUCUGCUGGGUGGAGAAUUCCUAAAGCAACAGCCUGAUUCCAGACAGGAAAAUGGUGACAUCCUGGAGAUGACAGUUUAUUUCCUGAGACAGCAGCAGCAAUCACACAAGAAGUCGAGCUGCUCCACUGAAAGCUACAGCAGGUGUGUGCAGGAGACCAUCAACUUCCUGUCUCAGUGUCAAGUACACACUCAGCCCCAGAGAAGACUGCUGAGCCACUUCCUCACCAUGCAGCCUUCCAUGGAGAAGAGCAGAAAUGUCGUUCCUCGGUUCAUCUCUCCAGCCUCCCAGAUCAGCAGCAAAGAGGAGACUCCAGGCUGCAGUGGCUUCUGGAGACCCUGGUAGAGCCACAUGGUAGACUAGACACUUUACCAUCAGGAAACCAACUUAUAAAUGCCACAUUGACAUUAAAUGCAGUUUCCUAAAUGUGUUAGAAUAUUUUUGUCCAGUUUUGCAUGGACAGAAUAUGACAAGUUGCUUUUAGUCUGGGAAAGCAUGUGUAGAUGUUUUUCUCUCACUAUACCACGUUCCUGCUAUGCAAAAACAGU